UUUGGAUUGAAGCAGCAAACAUUCAGUGUAAGAGUAAACAAAUGACAUAACAUUAUUUAAUAUUUGAAUCACAGCUUAUAUAGUGUUUUGACAUCGACAACCCAAGUGCAUUUUACCUCAAAUUGCGUCUAGUUAACUUGCUGCAGUAGCAAUCGCUUCUCGCGUCGACAUUAACACGCUGACAAAGUUAUAUUCAGAAUUAAAAAUAUUUUAUACCACUUUUUAAUGUGUGUUUGUGUAAAGGUGUUCACGAGAUACCAACCUUUAGCGAACUUGCUUUCAAAGGCGAACACUCGUUAUCAUGGAGACGCGGUGUGCACUGACGGGAGGGGCUCUGUGUGUGUGUGUGUGCGUUGGUGCGGCCGGAUUAUGAGGACAAAAUGCAUGAAUACGUACCGACUCUAUGAGGACAUACCGUAACUAUGAGGACAGUGCUGAUGUCCUCAUAAGUCGAGCAGUGCAGAAAGGCUUAUAAGGUCGUUCCUAACCACCUCCCGCGUUUUCUCAAUAUGUCCUUAUAAACACGUUGUACCCGUUUUUCUGUGUGUAUGUGUGUAUGCUCAGUGUGUAUAAUCUCCCCCUAUUGAAAAUUUGGUGCUACUGCGGUAUCAUACACAUUUCAUACACCUAGACCCGCCCAAGCGCGCGAUUCAUUGGUGGGACACUGGAAUCCUCGUCAGUGAUUCGCUGGAUUUGACAUCGUGACCGUCAGCUCGCCCCGCCUCUGAUCUUCAAUCGUCUUGAGGUGAGGUGUGACGGAGAGAGAUUAAUAAUAAUAAUUAAGAAUAAUUAGCACAAUUCCAGCGAAGUUGGCGAGCUAUAACGGGAGAUUUUCACUUGAUCAUGUCAAAGUCAACAUGGUGAGAAAGAAGAGAAUAAAACCUGAGCAGGAUGCAAAAGAACACAUAUUGUCGGACAAAGACAAAGCCUUCAUCAAGGGACGACAAAUCAACACAUUUAAAGGGAGAGGUGUGUUUGCUCUUGAGCACAUUGAAUCAUCCACCUUUGUUGUUGAAUACCGUGGGAUUCUCUCUCAAAGUAAACAUGUUGAAGAUGUUGAAGGCAACUACUUGUUUGACUUCACAUGGAAUGGAACACGUUAUUGCAUAGAUGCUACUAAAGUGGACGGUUCACUUGGGCGACUGCUGAAUGAUGAUCACAGAAAUCCAAAUUGCAAAGUAAAGACAAUAAUUGUUGACGGAAGACCACACCUGUGCCUAUUUAGUAUAAGAGAUAUCUUUCCAGAUGAGGAGGUCACAUACAACUAUGGGGAUUCCUUGUGGCCUUGGUGUUUAAGGUUACAGGAAUUGUGUGACGAGACAUCAGUGACUGUGACUGAAUGCAGUGUGAAUCCUUCCUCAUCAGUGAACGAGAAAAUGACCUGUAAAGACAAAUCAAAGACCGUUGUGAAGAAAGGAGAUUCAGCUUUGACUGGAGAUGAAAUGUUACAGGAAUUGUGUGACGAGACAUCAGUGACUGUGACUGAAUGCAGUGUGAAUCCUUCCUCAUCAGUGAACGAGAAAAUGACCUGUAAAGACAAAUCAAAGACCGUUGCGAAGAAAGGAGAUUCAGCUUUGACUGGAGAUGAAAUGUUACAGGAAUUGUGUGACGAGACAUCAGUGACUGUGACUGAAUGCAGUGUGAAUCCUUCCUCAUCAGUGAACGAGAAAUGUUGGAGUGUUCAAGAAUGGUCGUGUUGAGAUCAUCGCCAAUGACCAGGGAAAUCGCGUCACUCCAUCAUAUGUGGCCUUCACCACUGAAGAAGAGCGUCUCAUUGGAGAUGCUGCGAAGAACCAGCUGACCUCCAACCCUGAGAACACCGUCUUUAACACCAAGCGGUUGAUCGG